AUGACUUCCUCGACUCAAAAGGAUUUCGGACUUAGCGAGGAUGCUAUUCGUAAGAUAACCGAGGACGAAGUGAAAAGGAUUCAGGCCCUCUUACCCUUCGUAAAUGCUUCGAAUUACCUCGAACGAGCGUUUAAAGACUACGGUAUCGUUAUCGAUUCGGAGAAGAAGCAGUGCUUUGCUGAAUACAAUAUUUCUAGCCUUUUCGGUUAUAAUAUACGUUGCAAUAUUAAGAGCUUCGGUGGCUUUUCGGAUCCGAAAGUGACUUGGGACGACUUUAAAUCGGUGGUCAAGAAGGAGUACAAGGCUUUCGACCUAGCUAGGUGGAAGGAUAGUAUUGGCUUCUUGAACGACUUAAGCAAUAAGUGGAUAGCAAGGGAAGGAGCUUUUAAGGCGGAGCUUCUACAGUUCACUCGACAGUUCAACCUUACGGGCCUUGCUUGCUUAACUAAUAAGGAUAUUACCGAUAAGCAGCUGAACAUUUACUCCGGUGGUACUUAUCCUUUUCUUUUUCACCGCGCAAGCACCACCGCUGCGAGUUCGAUUACUCCGUUCAUCGAUCUUAACUUAAGGAUCGAGGCUCUUACGGAACAGCUAGCGAAGCUUAAGGUUACUUUCGCUAAACUAAUAGAAAUGGAUAAGCCCGAGCCCGCUUACAUCGCGAUUCUUAACCGAAACGCUUCACGACCGGAGGACUUACGGAAUCUUCUCGUCACACUGCCAAAAGCUUUUAAGGCUGCACUUAAGCUUAAGGCCAAGCCUUUUAAGACUGCUAAAUUAUACGAGGGGCUUGGCAAGGUGAUCUCUUCUUUAAGAAUGGAUUACGAAGCGACUCGUAUUAAGCUUUUAAAAGGGCGCGAUUUGCUUAGGAACCUAACCUUUGGUGAGACUAUUGCGUUCUUCGCUGCUCUUUUUACUUUUAAACGAUCUUCUUUCGAAGAAAGUAAUACUUCUUUAUCUGGUGGCGAUCUAUUUUGCAGAGUUACGGGUCGCUUUAUCGGUGAAGCGCCUUAUCGCAAGAAUUUACCACCUCUUCUUUCUUUUGCUACUUCGACUUACGGCCGAAUUACCGGUGAGGCAGACCUUACAUAA